AUGUGGCACAAUAUGGCACGCGUAAAGAUGGGUCUCUUCGCUCUCCUGUGUCUCUCCGCAUGCGUCCUCCGCGCCCCGGUGCUCUGCCACAGCAGCGGCAUCCACGAGCGGUCGGCGGUGCCACGCGCCGUGUCCCGGUCCGUGGCGCGCAUGGACGGAGACGUGAUAAUCGGCGCGCUCUUCUCCGUCCAUCACCAGCCGUCUGCCGAGAAAGUGGCCGAGCGCAAGUGCGGGGACGUCCGCGAGCAGUACGGCAUCCAGAGGGUGGAGGCCAUGUUCCACACGCUGGACCGGAUCAACGCCGACCCCAACCUGCUCCCCAACAUCAGCCUCGGGUGCGAGAUCCGGGACUCCUGCUGGCACUCGUCCGUCGCCCUGGAGCAGAGCAUCGAGUUCAUCCGGGACUCCCUCAUCUCCAUCCGAGACGACAAGGACGGGUCCAAAUGGUGUAUUGACGGAACCCCGUCCAACCAGCCACCGCCCUCUAAGAAACCCAUUGCAGGAGUGAUCGGACCCGGAUCCAGCUCUGUGGCCAUUCAGGUGCAAAACCUAUUGCAGCUCUUUAACAUCCCGCAGAUUGCCUACUCUGCCACCAGCAUCGACCUGAGUGACAAGACUUUGUUCAAGUACUUCCUGAGGGUGGUUCCAUCAGACACCCUGCAGGCCCGGGCCAUGCUGGACAUUGUGAAGCGGUACAACUGGACCUAUGUGUCAGCAGUGCACACAGAAGGAAACUACGGGGAGAGCGGCAUGGAGGCCUUCAAAGAGCUGGCCUCUCUGGAAGGCUUAUGCAUUGCCCACUCGGACAAGAUCUACAGCAACGCGGGGGAGAAACACUUUGAUCGCCUUUUGAGGAAAUUACGAGAACGUCUCCCCAAAGCUCGCGUGGUGGUGUGCUUCUGCGAAGGCAUGACCGUCCGAGGGCUCCUGAUGGCCAUGAGGCGGCUGGGCGUGUUCGGAGAGUUUCUCCUCAUCGGGAGUGACGGAUGGGCGGACCGCUACGAGGUCGUGGAGGGUUACGAGCAGGAAGCAGAGGGAGGCAUCACCAUGAAGCUGCAGUCGGCUGUGGUCAAGUCCUUCGACGACUACUACCUAAAGCUGCGACUGGACAAGAACAAAAGGAACCCCUGGUUCCCCGAGUUCUGGCAGUACCGCUUCCAGUGUCGCCUCCCAGGCCAUGCACAGGAGAACAAGAACUACAAAAAAGUCUGCUCCGGAAAUGAGAGUCUGCAUGAAAACUAUGUUCAGGAUAGUAAGAUGGGCUUUGUCAUCAAUGCCAUCUAUGCCAUGGCUCAUGGCCUUCAUGACAUGCACAAGGAGUUGUGUCCAGGGCAGACAGGGCUCUGUGAGGCCAUGGACCCUAUUGAUGGCAGCAAGCUACUGGACUACCUGCUCAAGACAUCCUUCAGAGGAGUCUCAGGGGAGGAGAUUUAUUUUGAUGAAAAUGGAGACACUCCGGGCAGGUAUGACAUCAUGAAUCUACAGAGUGUGGGCGAGGACCGCUACGACUACAUUAAUGUGGGGUCCUGGCACGAGGGCAUCUUGAACAUCGAUGACAACAAGCUUUGGAUGAACAGCAGUGAAAUGGUUCGCUCGGUCUGCAGCGACCCCUGCUCCAAAGGACAGAUAAAGGUGAUCAGGAAGGGCGAGGUGAGCUGCUGUUGGAUCUGCACCACGUGCAAAGACAACGAGUACGUCCAGGAUGAGUUUACCUGCAAGGCAUGUGAGCUGGGAUGGUGGCCCGACGACGAACUGGCAGAAUGCCAGCCCUUGCCCUUGAAGUACCUUGACUGGGCGGACGUGGAGUCCAUAGUGGCAGUGGUUUUCUCCUGCGUAGGCAUCCUGAUCACCUCCUUUGUCACCUUUGUGUUCAUCCAGUACCGAGAUACACCUGUGGUCAAGUCCUCCAGCAGAGAACUCUGUUAUAUCAUCUUGGCAGGCAUCUUCCUGGGCUACAUCUGUCCAUUCACCUUAAUCGCCCGUCCCUCUGUGGCCUCCUGCUAUUUGCAACGGCUCUUGGUGGGCCUUUCAUCCGCCAUGUGCUACUCCGCCCUCGUGACCAAAACUAACCGCAUCGCUCGUAUUCUGGCCGGCAGCAAGAAGAAGAUCUGCACCAGGAAACCUCGCUUCAUGAGCGCCUGGGCGCAGGUGAUCAUCGCCUUCAUGCUCAUCAGCGUGCAGCUAACUCUGGAGAUCACGCUCAUCAUUCUGGAACCUCCCGAGCCGAUCAAGUCGUACCCGAGCAUACGUGAGGUCUACCUCAUCUGCAACACUAGCAACGUAGGCAUGGUGGCGCCGCUGGGCUACAACGGACUGCUAAUCAUGAGCUGCACGUACUAUGCCUUCAAGACACGGAACGUCCCUGCCAAUUUCAACGAGGCUAAAUACAUUGCCUUUACAAUGUACACUACCUGCAUCAUCUGGUUGGCCUUCGUGCCGAUCUAUUUCGGUUCCAACUACAAGAUCAUAACCACAUCGUUCUCCGUCAGCCUGAGUGUAACGGUGGCACUGGGGUGCAUGUUCACACCCAAGAUGUACAUUAUCAUUGCCAAGCCGGAGAGGAAUGUCCGAAGCGCCUUCACCACGUCUGACGUGGUGCGAAUGCACGUUGGAGACGGAAAGUCUGCGGCUCCAUGCGGGAGCAACAGCUUCCUCAAUAUGUUCCGCCGCAAGAAGGCUGUAUCUGGCAAUUCCAAUUCUAAUGGCAAGUCUGUGUCAUGGUCUGAAUCAGGUGCAAGACACCCUCCGAGGGGGGGGAAUGUGUGGCACAGACUGUCUGUGCAUGUGAGGAAACAAGAAGCCAGCUUGAAUCAGACGGCGGUCAUCAGGCCCCUAACUAACACCCCCGACCCCCACAGUUGCGAGCCCUCCACCUGCAACCUUGGCACAGACCCACAUCUCCCCCAAGAACCGCCUGGAACUAAGCCUCUGUACAACCUGAUGGAGGAAGACGACGAGAGCGACGCUCAGCGCCCCCUCUGGACCUCGACUUGCUCUGAACAGAUGCAAGGGCCGGAGUCUGAUUUAGACGAGGCGGCUCCUUGUUUGCCCUCUCGCCAACCCGCCACGGAGCGCUCGCAGGGGGCUGUGGUGGACACACACAGCUCCCACGUCCCCGCACUGAACGACCACGCUGCCAGGGAGGCCAUCCCUGCCAACCAGCCUCUGAGCUUGACGCCCUCUCAGCUUCCCUCAGCCCCGCCAGUCGGAGCGUUCGAAGACGAGGGGCCCGAGGACGAGGACCUGGACCUCUUGCACAGCUACAUUUACGACGCCAAGGACGAGGGGGAGGGGGAGGACGGGGAAGGCGAGGAUUUAACUCGGCACAACAAGACAACUCUGGAGGAUUCCCUCGCUCUGUCUCCCCCUUCCCCCUUCAGAGACUCUGUGUGUUCGGGGGAGUCCGUCGACGGCUCCCCCAUCAUCGAGUCGCUGCUCGGUAGCCCUCCAAGCUCAGUCUACACCUCAAACAUCCUCCGUGACUUUGCACACAGCUCCUCAACACUGUGA